AUAUCGCAGUCGCCCCCGGUGAACGGAUGCCAGACGUUCCGAUCGCGGUGGGUACCGGUAAAAUAUAUCGGUGUAAAUUUUAAUUCUCGGUAGGAUAAGUAGAAAAAAAAAGGAAUGAAAAAAAAAAAUGAUACAGGGGAGAAAAAUUCGAGGGGAUUAGAGGAAUCGGAUCGUGAAUCGCGUUACCAACAAUCGUAGUUAAAUAGAUAAAACACGAUGUGGGUGCUGCGUGUAAAAAUCUACGCGUUGACCUCCAUUGUAUUAUCUUGCCGGAACGGAUAAAAGGCGAGAGAUUAAUUGUUUGCUGAUGCGUUUAAAUUAAAAUAAUAAUAACAUAUAUAUAUGUAUAUGUAUAUAUAUAAAUCGUCUAUUGUUGGUGAGAAUAGGUCGUGAAUAUACUCCUACAUAGGUGGGGAGAUACGGUCGUAGGAAAAUAAGUGAAAGAAAAAGAAAAAAAAAAAAAUUAUUUAGAGACACACAUGUGUACAACGCGUACACAUAUAAAAUUAUAUGAAUUGCUGCAACAGCCGCUGCUCCCGAUAAACGCGCGCAACAAGUCCAACGCGUGGUCACGAUACAGUGAUCCUUUAGCAGCUACAUGCAGCUGCGCAGACAACGUAUCAUUAUUUUUAUCAAUAAGAACUCGCUUUUAUAUGCCGCAGAUAAAUUAAUGAUAUACGAUCAACGGUGUACUUCCGAUUGAUCGCUUAAUCGAAAAAAAUAAAGCAAGAAAAAAUUGAAAUGUUCUUUUUAACGAAAUUCAAUCGGUGAUGAAGGAGUCGACGAUACCGGAAACAUUCUCAAUAAUCUUCGCGACAAUAUUGAAAAUCACUACGUUUCAGCCGCAUCGAUUUCAAUCUUUCGAUCAUUAGAAUUCUUAGGGCCGCACGAGUCCCCGUGCGGCUCCGGGGGGAAGAGUCGCGCUGUGUCCGAACUCUUCGAGGUACAGAGCUCCCGGGUUAUGAUGCAGUGUGUCCACUCUACCUGAUGCACGUUAUCGCACGUCGUGUGUAUAAGUGCGUACGUUGUGUGUCCGGUUACCCACGCGCUGACUACACAUCGUGAAUGCGAGAUUGAAAUGAACGCGGACCCGAACCGUCAUUAAUAUGGAUGGGGUAACGAAACGCUCUGGAUGAAGCAGGUAUCGCGUAUUAGUGCGCUUCGUAUAUACCCUAUACACGAAUGAUACGUCGGAGAUAUCGUCGCGGUGUUACAUGUACACAUAGAGACGAGAGAGCGUAAAUAUUCCACGCCGUGCUCGGGCCCUACAAGACCCACGCGACUCGAAACCCCGUCAACUCCGUAUACAUUGACGACUUAUGGGCGCGUGAAGACGUUCGAUACCCCCGUGUGAUUUUUCACAAAUUUUCUCCACUCUCCCUCUCGACAAAGCCACGCCUUUUCGCCACAAGAUACCCAUUUCUGUGGACUACGUCCUCCCCGUUGUAUCUACAACCUUCGACGCUCGAUAAAAACGUGCGAUAACGAACGCUCCUAAACGAGAAUAGGUUUCCAGCUGCGGUUGACACAUAUAAUGUAUACUGUCAUUCCUACCGUUCGUCUUGCGCGACGAGUAUCGUUUCGCUCCAUAAAUACUCGAUAUGAUCGAUUCCUUUGUCUUUUUUAAAAAAUUCAUAAUCGUCGAUAACUUUGUACACAUUUGCGUACGUCAUAUUCGUAAGGGUGGUCGAACGGAGGGAGGCACGUGUCCGCGUGUGUGUAUGGGAAAAAGUUUUCUAGACGUAUCCGCUGCCGCUGCGGAAUUGCAGAGUUAACUUCAUCCAUUAGGAUAUUUUAUUCAUAAUCAUCGGACGGGAAAAUUUGCUCUCCUCGCGCCACCCCGCGCCUGCACGGUCCGCGGUACACCCUCGUCGAGCGUUGCGCGCCCUUUGCUCGCAAUAUCGGCUCGAACUCCAUCGCUUCUCCGCUCUCUCGACCGUCCCCCUCUCCUCGUUUCUUCUCUCACCUCGGCGCGUCCGGGACUCCGCGGGCCGCCGGGCGGCUACCCCCGUCAUUUUUCACGCUUGUAACAACGAUUUACCCCGUCAUCUUUCACCGAUUGCCGACGAGUCACCCCCUAGGUAUACCUACGAUUUGUACCGUAUAGAUACUUUCUGGCGUCGUAAAGCUUAGAUUAAUUCCAAUACACACGGGACGUUUGGUGCAUUUCGUGCGAUAUAUACCUAUAGCAUGCGUUACGUACGUAUUGUGCGUUAUCCUCCCGUUGCAGCAUAAUUUAACAGGGGGGAUCACUGAACCGGUGACAAAUUCUGUAGGCGUGACGACACCGCUCCGUAGUGAAUCGGAAAUAAAAUUUCAGCGAAACUGGAGGGACGGAAAAAAAAUCAUCACGACGAUGACUCGAAAUGGUUUUCCAUUUUUUCCGGGGAUGGUACGUCGUUCGUUUUUGAUUUUUCAUAUCUGGCGUGGGUCGGCUCGUCGGAUGUGAAAUUCGCGUGCGGCGGAUUCGAGUGAAGGAUCGGGAAUUGAUUUCGUUUCGAUUUUCAGGGUCUUCUCGUUGUCGAUGGUCGUACAAAGGACGACGUGGGCACCGUCUCCACGCCCUGCCUGGGGUGUUUUCGGGUAUCCUCGUAGGUCUCUUUCGUAGAGCUUUACGAGGGGCCUUGGACAUCGAUCAAACCACCCGUCGGACGUCAGGAAUGCGAUGUACAAAUUUGUCGAGCGUAUUCUCUAUUAUACUUAUUAGAUGUAUAACGCUGGAGCAAAAAGAGAAACAAGUCGAUACGGACCGACUAGGAGUAGGUAUGGGAAGGUGCCGAGACAAAAGAUGGACGUGGAACAGUCGUUACCCUCCGCGAAAGGGGGAGAAAAUAGAGAAGAGAUGCGCGGAUGAUGCGAAGGGAUAUAACGAAAGUGAAGAGAGGUGGUGGGAAGGGAAUUUCGGAGGGCUUCAACAAACGGUCCACUGUAACGCGUCCGUCCGCAAGUUCAGUUGACUCAGGUUCUCGUUUUAAUACCUUUUUCACUAGUCAGCAACCCGCCUCCGCCUCCACCGUCCGCACCGUCGACUCGCGGCGGUGAAUCAUCAUCGUUCGUUGCUGCUCGCCGUGCCGUGCGAUAAGCAAAGACUCUUCACGGUUCGGAUGGAAUCUGGCUGGCGCAGCGUGUACAACCGCGGUGCGAUACACACCUACGAUUUACAUACAGGUAGAAUCGUAUUACGUUACAUUACCCCGCUCGGUUUUAUCCACAUCGCGGGUACGUUUGUUUAAUCGUCGGACACAAAAAUUCCAGGUUUUAGUACCGCUACUACACCUGUGCGCGCCUCAAACUUUACGAUAAAAAAGGUAAACGAAUUAAAUAAUUAAUGGAUAAAACGAAUUACGGUAAUGAUCAAUUUCGCAUGGAUAUGGAGGUAAAAAAGCGCGGGCAGGGGAGGUCGGGGGGGGGGUAAUUGAAAUUUUAAAGGCGAACGGAAGUCGGGUUCCCGAAAGGCGACCGGCUAAAAAGACCCGGGGAGGGGCGACUCGCUGCAACUUAUGGAGCAACGCAACGGGACGUCGCGUUCUAUAUAGUUAUAUGUAGCGUGAAACAAGAGUCGAAAAGAAAGCAAUAAAGAAAAAAAAAACAAACCAGAAGAAGAAAAACCGAGAGAGAAAAAAAUUGCAAAUGUAAAAUGCCCGUCGACCGACCGACCCGUCGUCACCCACCGUGACACCCCUUGCACCGCUGCAUCCGUAUUGUUAGUUUUACAGCCGACGCAACGCGGGGCGACGACGGAAAGCCUGGUAGAACUUUGAAGAGAGGAACUGCCGCUCGUACCAAAAAUAUCUCCGGCGUUUAUUAAUUUUCAGAUUUUUUCAAUACGCCCGAAUUUUUUUCGAACGUUCCAGCAGAGGUGUGAAAUUAUCUUGGACAAAAGUAGCAGCGUCCGAGUCCACGAGAACCUGACAAAAUUCUAUCGUAAAAUAGCGUAGGUUUCGUAAACUUUCAUUUGCGAUACCGCGGUAACAAAUGAAAUAAACUAGCCGAUCGGGAACUACGCGAUGGGAAAACGGGAACACACACAAGAGCCCAGGGGUUCCGAGGAAAAUUCAUUUCCUGACCGGAACGCACCGCGCGUUUCCUGUCGGCUACAUUCUAUGACGGGAAUAUAAUAUCACAAAAUGUAGACGUUAUCUGCGUUUGAAGGCAACUGCGAAUAAACUUGAAUUCUUCGAAACAAGUUACAAGAAACUUCCAUCUCCGAACACGGGGGGAGGGGGGGAAAAACGAGGCUGCGAAGUGGGGUUGAUACGGCGAUUCGAACCCGUCGAAAAAUUUUACUCUUUCUGCUCGUUGUAAAGGUAAAAUAAUUAUUAAUAGCUUCGGCAAUUAGUGGAACGGGAGUUUUGCCCAAUAAUUCGAUACUUAAAGUACACUUUACGCGGACGUUCAUCGCGCGCACAUAAUACCUAUAGCUGGUAGUCGAAUAAUUGAGACGUUUUGACAGCGGCUGUAAUAAUCCACUGACGAGUUUUUAAUCACAAACUAGAAGUCGCGGACUAUAACUAUACCGCGCUUAAGCGCCCCGUAAUUAAGGAACAUCGCGCAUCGGUCUAUCAUUAAAUAUUAACGUCGUUCAUCGCCUCCUGCACGGUGACACAACGACGGGCGCGAACUUUAUCCGACAAUCGCGAUGAAGAUGUCGAAACGGGUGGUCGCAACGGACGCCUAUCACAAAUCGACCGCAGUUUUGUUGAUGAUUUUAUACGUCGUCGGCGUAUUUCCGAUCUCGAGAGAUUCGCAAGGUUCGAUUUGAAAUAGCUUAUCUAUGAUGUACGUGUACGGUAGCCGGUGGUAACUUCGCGGUUGUUUUUAACAACACCGUUUUCAAAGUGGAUCGCACUUUUAUAUUAGCCCAUUUAUUUUUCUCCGUUGAUAAAAUUAUCGUCAGCUGAUCCUAAUUAUAUUUACACAUGUAUUAGAGUCGGCAAUAAAAUGCAGCGUCUGUAAGCUCGGUGUGCGCCGUCGAGACACGUUACGGUUAAAAAAUGUUUUGCUUCGAGUCACGAAAUCGAACGGCUUCAACGCACUUCGUCAAAGCUUUUACGAUUAUAUUGUUCUCCGCAUGUGCACUCGCGGUUCAACUCUACGUAUAAUCGACUCGGUUGUGUGUGUGUGUGUGUCAGCGAGCGUAUUAUGUAUUAAUAAAUUUACUUCGAUCAUCCGACCGGCUCCGCGUAUACGCGCGAGUAAUGUACUUUUUGCAUAUAAUAUUCUUCAGGAGUCUACAAAUUUCGAUGGAUAUCCGGCGGUACAUUUUAUUCGAUUCUCGUCUACUUCGUCACCUCGUGUGGGGUCACUUAUUCCAUGUGUAUCAAGAUCGUCGACUUUUGGAAUCCCGAGCUCCCGUUCGACCAGUACCUUUUCAAUUUGAUUUUCAUAUUCACCCUGUCUUUCCACUGGUUUUUUCAACUGGUCAGUUGACCGUCCUGCGAACGGAUCGCGGAAUACCUUACGAUGUGGACUCGAUAUCAGGAAGACUUCAUAUCCGCAAGCGGAAGAACGAUAAACUUUGAUUACAGGCUUAAAUUUAUCGUUAUUCAGAGUUUUGGUAUAACGAUGGCGGUUGUAACACCGAUUGCUCAAACGGUUUUGUUGGGAACAUUCACGAUCGAGGAAACCGUCGGUUUUUACCACCAACUCACGCUGUACACCGUUUUUGCCGUGUGGUGGUCUCUUCAGUGUAACGCAUUUGCAUGCGCGGUGAGAAGCUUGCGAGAAAACAUGAAAAGGGAACUCGCGGCCAAUCCGAUGAGAGUCGACAUCAAAAGUUACCGAAAAUUAUGGAUCGCUGUCUACGCGAUGAUGGAGAAAUUUUCAUCUUCAGUCUACUACCUGUACGGUAUUUACAACGCCGCCAACUACCUCUGCCUCUUCGUAUCCGGCUAUUGCGCGGUUUCCCUAUUUCUGACUAUGCAGAGUCCCCAUCACACCGUACUGACUCCAAAAUUUCUCGGAUUCAUCGUGUGCAUCCUAUACUUCGGUAUACAUUACUACGGAUUUAUCAAUUCGGCUGACCGUAUGAUCGAGGAAUUUACGCACGCCCUGAGAAACGAUCUCCUCGAACUCCAGCCAUACAAAUUAUCGAAAGACAACGCUAGGGAGGUACUUUUAUUCAUCGAUACCAUAUACGUGAAGAAGGUUGAACUGGUUGUCGGGGGAAAUUUCACGAUCGAAAGAAGAACACUGAGCGACUUCAUCUCGUCGAUGGCUAUGUGGUGGCUUGUUUUACUGCAGAUCAAGAUCGCGUUGCCUCAAAACGACGAUGAUUGAUACAUAUAGAUAUGGGAUCGUCGAAGAAGAUCAUCGAUCGCGUAUAAUUUUAGCGUUUGCACAAACAUGACGUGUGAAAUUCUAGGAGAUUCACAACAUCGGCAUUGUUCUCCACAGUCGUCGCAUAUGUAGCUGAUAUAUAUAUAUAUAAUCGUUGUUUUAUGCAAAUAAAAGAUAAAUGAUAGCGUGCAGUGAUGAUGGUCGUAUGAUUCUCGAUGUUAGGUAUAGGCUGCCGUACAAUCGUUUGCAUAUCUAACGAUGAUCGCUUCAUUGAUGUGGUAUAUUUAUAAGUACGUGGAAUAAGUCUGUACGAAUGGGUUACGUGAAACGUAGAGGAUUUUUAAAUUCAUGUAUCCACAGUCCACCGUGAGACAUUAUCUUCCCAUUAAGGCUAUUUGAAGGCGGUGGCCAAUACCGUAUAACAAGACCUUCUUUUAUCGGAACUGACCGAUCUCCGUUACGAACAGGUCGGAGAAAUGAUAAAAUGAAUUAAGAACAAAUUUUCUAUUUCUAUGUUAUUUCAAACGAUUUUCUGGCGAUGAUAACAACUAAUUUAUCUCAAUCGAAGGAACCUAAUUUAAUAAUUGUUAUCGCGCGAAUUCGACAUCAACAGAUAGGUAUAUUAACUUUCCGUUAUCAUAAGUAAAUUUAAUGGUAUCAAAUUAGAGUGUUAGGCGACG